AUGUUUAAUUCACAACGACUGUAUUAUCUUCGAAAUAUUAAUAAACGAUUUAAGUCCAAAUCAACAAAAGACAGCGUGAAAAAUUCACAAAUAAUAUCAAACAAAUCCACAAUCAAGUAUGUAAGCGCCAACGAUGUGAACAAUUUAAAACUAUCAAAUAAAUCCAAAGGGUUUGCCAAAAUAGGUGCAUGUGUCUAUUUAAAUAUUCCAAAUGCAAAAUAUGGCACAGAUAGUUCAAAAGCAGCAAAACCAAGUUCAAAAGCAGAAAAACCAAGUUCAAAGGCAGAAAAACCAGCCGGUGGUCCUCCAAAAGCAGCAGGAGCAGGUGCAAAGGGUAAAAUAAUUGCUGUUAUUGGUGCUGUCGUUGAUGUUAAAUUUGAUAAAGACUUGCCACCAAUAUUAAAUGCCCUUGAAGUACCUGGUCGGACACCAAGACUAAUUUUAGAAGUAGCACAACAUCUCGGUGAAAGUACGUGUCGUACUAUAGCUAUGGACGGAACAGAAGGUCUGGUACGUGGCCAACCAGUUGUAGAUACUGGAGCUCCUAUUACAAUUCCUGUUGGUGAGCCCACGCUUGGUAGGAUUAUUAAUGUUAUAGGAGAACCGAUUGAUGAACGAGGGCCAAUAGCAACGGAUAAGUUUGCUCCAAUUCACGCUGAUGCACCCCCUUUCGUUGAAAUGUCUGUGGAGCAAGAAAUUCUUGUCACUGGCAUCAAGGUUGUUGAUUUACUGGCUCCCUACGUAAAAGGUGGUAAGAUUGGAUUAUUUGGAGGUGCUGGUGUUGGAAAAACAGUUUUAAUUAUGGAACUCAUCAAUAAUGUGGCCAAAGCUCAUGGUGGCUUUUCUGUAUUCGCAGGAGUCGGUGAACGUACAAGAGAGGGUAAUGAUUUAUAUAAUGAAAUGAAAGUUGGUGGUGUUAUCAAAGAAGACUACAAGACGUCCAAAGUAGCUUUAGUAUAUGGGCAAAUGAAUGAGCCACCUGGAGCUCGAGCCCGCGUUGCUUUAACAGGUCUAACUUUAGCAGAACACUUUAGAGACAAAGAAGGUCAAGAUGUAUUAUUAUUCAUAGACAAUAUUUUUAGAUUCACUCAAGCAGGAUCGGAAGUGUCGGCUUUACUUGGUCGUAUUCCGUCUGCCGUAGGAUAUCAGCCAACAUUAGCUACAGAUAUGGGUACAAUGCAAGAAAGAAUUACGACCACCACUACUGGUUCUAUUACAAGUGUGCAAGCAGUAUACGUUCCAGCUGACGAUCUGACCGAUCCUGCUCCGGCCACCACAUUUGCCCAUCUAGACGCCACAACGGUACUCUCAAGAGCCAUUGCUGAGUUGGGAGUAUAUCCUGCUGUUGAUCCCUUAGAUUCAACAUCCAGAGUGAUGGAUCCUAAUAUUAUAGGCGCCGAACAUUAUGGAGUAGCAAGAGGUGUUCAGAAAAUAUUACAAGAUUAUAAAUCUCUGCAAGAUAUUAUUGCAAUUCUGGGAAUGGACGAGUUGUCAGAGGACGAUAAAUUGACAGUGGCGCGUGCACGAAAAAUUCAACGUUUCUUAUCACAGCCUUUUCAAGUAGCUGAGGUAUUUACAGGUCAUGUUGGUAAAAUGGUUAAACUAGAAGAGACAAUUAAAGGGUUCAAGAGAAUUUUGGCUGGAGAAUUGGACAACAUACCAGAGGCUGCUUUUUAUAUGGUAGGUACAAUCGAAGAUGUUAUAGCAAAGUCACAGUCAUUGGCAAAGUCCUAA